AUAGUUAUUAGUAAUACAGUACAAACUCAUAUAGAAUGUUCAGAGCUGCCUUAAAUACCGUUAGAUUUCGUCCUUCUACUGGAUUAGGAUUCAAGAGAUUCAUCUCUACCGAAAUCAAAGAUGCCAUCGAUGGUGCCGUAAACUCCUCCAAGGUUGUAUUGUUCAUGAAGGGUACUCCUGAGUUCCCUCAAUGUGGAUUCUCCAGAGCUACUAUUCAAAUUUUGGGCCAACAAGGGGUUGACCCAGCCAAAUUUGCCGCCUACAACGUUUUGGAAGACCCGGAACUUAGAGAUGGAAUUAAGGAAUACUCCCAAUGGCCAACUAUUCCUCAAUUAUAUGUCAACAAGGAGUUUGUUGGUGGAUGUGACAUUGUCACCUCCAUGGCCAAGUCUGGCGAAUUAUCCGAAUUAUUGGAACAAAACGAUUGUUUAGUUCCUGAAGAAGAGGAACUGCUGUCUGCCGAUGUCAAGCCAGCCGAAAGAUCCUAA